CUCUCUCUUUUCCCGUCGUUGUGAGCAGCAGCUGCAGAAAGAGAGGCGUGGAUCUACUGUUGUUCGCUUUUUUAUUUUAGCUUCAACAAGAAAGCUUCUUGCUGUUGCGAACAUCAUUUUCCCUGUUUCACGCCCACUUCUCCUCUCACUCACCGGACCUUUCUUUCUUCUUCAAGUUAUUUAUCAGCACUAAGGCUUUUUGCUAUUUUCGUAUCUUUCUUCUAGCUGCCGUUGCGACCAACCAACCAACCGAGCCGGAACACAACGAUCACAUCAACACACACACACACAAAGAUGAGAUCAACAUCAUGGCUCCCGCUGCUGUCGUCCUCGAUGGCAGUGAUGAUAACAGCAUCCCCCGCCCCCGCCGCCGCAAAGUUCAACUGCGAGAAGCUCCCCGUCGACGGGCACACCUACAACUUCAAGGAGCUUUUGGGGCCGCACACGGUCGUCACGAGCGAGUUUCUUGCGCCGAGUUACCACAACACGACGUACACGAUUGAUUUGUGUGGGGGGUUGAAAUCAAAGACUGGGGGGGAGGGGGAGAGGUGUCCUGAGGGGACGAGGGUAUGCGCGAUCAAGCACAAGUGGGACCCGAAAACGGACAAGGCGACGGUGGAUCACUUUGUGCCUAUUGUGGUGGAGAAGAAGGAUGGUGGGUUUGAGUGGGAGGCUAAGAGGUUACCUGCUGAGGAGGCAAAGGGGAAGGGUGAUGAGGAUAAGAAAAAGGAGGGGCUGAGGGUUACCCUCAAGGGGGGGAAGUAUCUUGGGAGACAGCAGCAGACGGUGGUGGAGUUUAGGUGUUCGGGUCUCAAAGGGGAUGAGGAGGAGUGGGAUAGUAAGAAGUUGGUUGAGUAUGAGAGGGUGAACAAGAGGAGGAGGGCGGAAGAUGAGGGGGAUGAUGGGUUCAGCACGCCGGAGCAUCAGCUCAGGAAGGAGGGGGCGGCGCUGGUUUGGGAGGGGUAUAAGAGUGAUGGGGAGGUUGAUACGUUGGCUUUGACGUGGUAUACCAAGUUUGUUUGUGACAAGGCUGUGGGGGAUGAGCCGGAGAAGGGGAAGGAGCCGGAGAAAGGUGGGGGGGAGAGUGCGCAUUGGGGUUUUUUUACUUGGUUUGUGGUUUUGGUUUUUCUCGGCAUCGCAACGUACCUCAUCUUUGGCUCGUGGCUCAACUACAACCGGUAUGGCGCUCGGGGGUGGGAUUUGCUUCCCCAUGGUGACACGCUCAGGGAUGUCCCGUACCUGCUCAAGGACUGGAUGCGGAGAGUUCUUAACACGAUACAAAGCAGUGGCAGCAGGGGGGGAUACUCAGCCGUGUAGGGGCGGGGGAGUUAUGAUGGGCGGCAGGGAUACACUGGAGGAGGUGGAUGGGGACGAAGUAGUAGCAGUUGGGAGCGGUUUUGAUGGGAUACCUACUAGACUUUCUUUUGUUUUUUGUCGGUGCUCCUAAUCCAUGUGGGUUUCAAAUCCAGUUAUACAACAUUGGUGGUGUUUUGGGUGGACGGAUCAUUGGGGGGGUUAUGGGGG